CAAUAAUAAUAAUAAUUCAUAUUAAAAUAGGAUUGUUUUAAUAAAUACUAAGUCAAGGGUACUUCUCUCCAUUUCCAAAGUCUCUUACUCAGAGGUCCUACUAACUCACUAACUAAAGCGCCAAGUUAUUUCCCUACGUUCAGCAUCUCAGAAAGCUCCUUUAAGUGUCCCAAAUUACAACCUGUAGUAAAGCAUACUGUGGGCCCUACUAAGGGGUUGGAGGACCUACUAAGGGGUUGCACUCCCUACUAAGGGGUUGAGAGUCCCUACUAAGGGCUUGGAGUCCCUACUAAGGGGUCAGAGUCCAAACUAAUGGGCUGUGAGUCCCUACUAAUGGGUUCUGAGGUCCUACUAAGGGGUUGUGAGUCCCUACUAAGGGGUCAUAAUCCCUACUAAUGGGUUCUGAGUCCCUACUAAGGAGUUGUGAGUCCCUACUAAGGGCUUGGAGUUACUACUAAGGGGUUGGAGUCCCUACUAAGGGGUUCUGAGUCCCUACUAAGUAUUUCUGAGUCCCUACUAAGGGGUCUGAGUCCCUACUAAAGGGUUAUGAGGACAUACUAAGGGAUUGUGAGUCUCUACUAAGGGGUUCUGAGUCCCGACUAAGGGGUUCUGAGUCCCUACUAAGGGGUUGUGAGUCACUACUAAGGGGUUCUGAGUCACUACUAAGGGGUUCUGAGUCCCUACUAAGGGGCCUGAGGCCCUACUGAGAGUCAGUGGUGUCUUUGAAAGCAUGCAUUUGGACACGUAGGGGUUACUAUUACAUGCAGAUGGGUUACUACUCAUCAUCCUUUCCCUGUCAGCCCAAAGAGCUGUCCUGCUUUCUCUCUGCUGUCAUCCGCUUCCUCCGCCGCUUGACGUGUCGCGCUAUGCGCAGCCCGGGAACAGCGCCAACUUGGCGCGGCGGAGUAAUGGACGGGGGAUUUCUCAUGACGUCGCCAUUAAUGAAUCAGCAAAGAGACGUGGGUGGCCUCCGUGAGGGAAAAGUGGCAAGGAAACAGACAUGGAGCACAAAAACGCAGCCAACGGCACCGCGUCGAAGCGCCGGGAACAAAAUGGAGGACAUGCCGGUGCACGAAGGAAUUACAUUCCUCUUCUUCACCGCGCACGGAGGUCCGGUUGGCGCCAGAGCGCUCUUCCUGCGCAACGACGGCGACGAUGCUUCCAUGUGCGAUGGCGUGCGCCCAUGCCGCCAAAACGUCUUCGACCAGAUCCAGUGCCAAGUGGCGCAGCUGAACAUGUCGGCACAGAAGCUCUUCAAAACCUACCUGGAGCGUCAAGGGCCGCCAUUUACAGAGAACCCGGACGUGUUCUGCGCCGCCGACCGCAGCUUCCCGCCGUUCGUCGAUGAAGCCAGCGAGAAGAAGGAGAUGCUGCUGUCGCUGUACAAGAUCUUCGCCUUCUUCAACGCGUCGCUGGGGAACAUCACCAAGGACCAGGAGAACCUCGGCGACGACAAGGACGAGAAAGCGGCACUCAUGAAGCACCUCCGCAAUGCCACCAAAGUCGCGCGCGGACUCCUCGCCAACCUCACCUGUCUCCUCUGCUCCGAGUACAAAGUGCGCCAUGUCGACGUCGUGUACGGCGACAACUCUGGCACUGACAUCUUCCAGAAGAAGAAGCGUGGGUGCCAGGUGCUGAGGAGUUACGCCAAAGUCAUUGCGCACGCUGCCGCUGCCUUGGGGCACUGCCGCAAGAAGCAGACGUGAGCGUACAGAAAGCGCACCGACGCCGACGCCAACAUCGUUUUGUGCCUUAUUCUGGGACUCUUAUUCCACAAUGCGGUCUUUUUCACGCAGGGAUUACGUGAAAACGCAGCGGGGUCAGGGUUAGAGACAUGGCGGCGGCGAAACACGAGAGUACGCCUGUUCCUCCUCUUCCGCACAAAAAUGGCGGAUGCCACGCCCCUUUCACCUUUUGGUUUUGGCGCUCGAAAAGGUUCACCGUCGCUGGAGUCGACCGACGGCCGCAACUUCGGACCAAUGUCCAGAUGUCCACUCCGAAUCCGAAGCCUUGACCGUCGGUCUCCCCUCUGAACGCUAUCCAGGGCUGGCCCUGCAUAGGAUCCUACGCAGCGAGUUUCCUGCCAACAUAGUGAUUUUAUAUAGGGUUUUUCAUAGGGUCCCUUUCCUUGAAAUAUGGCCUCUGCGGUCUCCCAUCCGAAUCCUGUCCAAGGCCGACCCGGCUUAGCAUUGGAUUUUAUAUGGGGUUCUGCUGCCUUUGGGGGGCAUUUAAGCCGUAUCCACAUUUGUAUUUAUAACCAUAGUAAUAAUACCUAUUUAUUUUUGGUCUAUUAGGGUAACGAACGAGGAAACGAAUGGGACUAAUUGAUCUACCUCAUUUAAAUAUUAGAUUAUUUGUUUAAAUAUCAAUAUGUAUUUAAAUAUUAAAUAUUUAAAAUUUAAAAUAUUAAAUAUUUAUCUAUAUAUUGAAUAAAUAUUGAUUUUAAUAUUUGAACG